AUGAUAUACGUGGAGUGUAAUCUGUAUGAUGGCAUCGGGGAGCUAUCAGCCACAGCGCUACGGCUGGUUAAGACAACGCCAGGAGGUUCCGUUUUCUGGAGGACUGAGACUCAUCCCGAUCGCGAUGCCCCGUCAGCGGGUGGAGAGCUAAAUGUGUCCGUUAUGCCGGUCUUUGUUUUGUGGAACGGGGACCUUGAGAGCAUCAAGUACUCGACACAGCCUGUCGCUGUUGAGCUGGCUAGUUAA